AUGUGUGCCUCCAACCCACCCACUCUCCGUGUUGCUUCUCGUUACACAAUGGAGAGCGCGACUCCCACGAAGAAAGAUCGUCGCAUCUAUGCUGUGCUGCGUGACCACUGCGAUACCCCCCGUGUUCUUUUCUCUACCGAGAACCCGCUGCUCCUCGUGCACCAAGGCAACCGGCGCUACGUCUUCUUGUUCAGCACCAAAUACUAUACCUACAUGGUCAGGAGCAAAGGCUUCAAGCUGUAUGCGGUGUGGGCAAACAGGCAGCUGUCUGUGACGGCGCAGUCGCACCGGGUCACUCUCACGUCACUUGACCAGCGCGCCAUCAAGGCAACGCUGCAGUCGUACAAGGAGACGACGGACGCUGCUGUCAACGAGUUCAGCACAGUUACACUGGAGACCAAAUCGGCACUGAAUGCGGCGGAGGUGGAAAAGUGUAUUAUGUGUCUCGUUGAAAGUGCACAGCGCACGGCGGCAUUGCUUGAGCAGCAGGAACGUGGCAUUGCGCUUCACGGUAGCCGCCACCUUGGUGAUAACGAUGACGACGCCCAUUCUGGCGGCUCCUCUGAUAGUGAGGACGGUGACAGUGGUGGCACGUCCAUCUCCGGGGCACGCGCCUCGGCGGCCGCGCGCGCAGCGGUUCAGCAGGGCGAAGGAGCACGGAAAAAGAAAGGCGCUGAGGGUGCACUGCGCAUGGGUCCAUCGCGCUACAUCGCCAUCACCUCCCUCGUGGAUGGCGAGUUUGCCGACUACACAACGCUGAAGAACGCUUACAUGCGGCAUGAAGAGGAGGAUCUGCUGCGGGACUUGGGCGUCUUCAUCAAGGAAAACGAAGGUCAGGUGGAGGCAUUGUGUGAGCACCACUACCCGGCCCUCCUCCACGCCGCGCAGCAGUGCGUGAGCAUCUCUGAGCGGGACGCCGAGCUCGUAGGCGAGGAGCUCAGCGGCGCCACCACCCUCGUGCGUACCGCCGUCGUGAACAUGAAGAAGGCCACCUCAAACCUCCUGCUCUCACGCAGCACCCGCGACAACCUCCAGCAGGUACGCAGCCUUCUAUCCAAAGCCAUUGCCGUGGCCGAGUAUCUGGAGACAGCGGAGUUGCAGACGCAGCGCCAGCAGCUCGUUGGGGCGGUAGCCACGCUGCGUGAGCUACUUCGUCUCGCCGCGCCACUUAGCGAGUACGCUAUCGGCGAGUACGUGCUGCAUGUCCGCAUCCCCGCACUUACGCAGGAUGUCUUCAGUUAUGCGGUACAGCAUCUCAACAGCUGGCUGCGGGUCCUGCGGGACAAGGCGUACCCCAUUGGGAAGGCCUCAAUGGAGUGGGGGGGAACUGUGACCGCCGGCAGCCUUUCUUCGCACCUCGUCAUGGCCGAGGCAAGCGAGCAGUGGUGGCUAAACGAGGAGUUCGUGCCAGCGCAGCUGAAGCUGGCGCCGUUUGAGGAAGCGGAGGCAAUCACUGCGGUGUCCAAUGGUGCCGGCAUCCAAGUCGUUUUUCUAGAGCUGCACCGCGAGGAGUACCUUGACAAGUACUACACCGAGGGCAGGUGGCAGCAGGCGCGCACCGAUCUGCUGGAGUGUCCGUUGACAUUGACGGACCUGUCGCCUGCUGAAGUGCUCAGCAAGUUCCGCCAGUACUGCGCUACCGUCAUGGGGUUCAUUUUAAUCGAGGAUAUAGUUCACUGCGCCACCUCGCCCCACCUUCGCUCCCGGGCCGAGAUUAUUCAGCUCUGGGCCAUCCUCUCUGCCAAGAUUACCGAGCACGCUCUCAAGGUGCUGCAGGUCCUGCUGGCGAACCCCAACGAGACAAGCGAGGCUGUACAGCAGGUCCAGAUACUGCAGUCCCUCAUCCACUGUGCUGCCAACAACGUGAAGUGUGUCGAGCUAAACAACCUGCCUCUUUCGCGCGUGAUGGAGACGGCGAGCGACCAGCUGAUCAGCUCAUGGCUGCAGCAGGCUUGUGUAGAUUGCAUGCAGCUCAUUAUGAGCGAUACUUUCGACCCCGCUGUGGUCACGGAUGCCGAGCAGUUUGCCAAGCUCGUCACACGAUUUAACUUCCAUAGGUGCACCUCGCUAGAGCUAAACAUCCCAAGCACCUAUACAAGUAGCGUCCAAACACUUCCCUACAGCGCUGCUGUGCCACGCAUCGGUGAGCGUGUUCUCGGCUUCCUCACGCAGUGCUACUCCACCAUCAUCAUCGACACGUCUACCGCCGUGAUGCAGUCGGAGUUGAACAACGUAGACGAGAUGCUGCUUAAGUACAUGACAGUGCUCUUCCGCACAGUGGCCGAGUCGAUGCAAGGUCAGCUCAUGUCCAUCGACGCGCGAGCCGUGCUGCAGCUCGCUGUGUAUGCAACGAGCUGCUCCAUGAUGCCGGUGCUGAUAUCGUGCGCGGAGCAGCAGUACAUGCUACACUGGCAGUGUGAGUACGAGCGGGAGAAGACGCAGACGAUGGGCGCACCGAAGCUGAUGGCGCAUUGCGUCAAGUUCUUCGCCAAGUCGUUGCAGCUCGGGAUUGAGCGGCUGCUCUCGGCGCUCAUGAAGGAGGUCGAGGAGCGGCUGAAGUCCGUGGACAGCGUGUCAUACUGGAAGGCACGGGUGGAGGUGCGCCGACAGAAUAGAAAGGCUGAUGGCGAUGCCUUUGCAUCCUGCAUGGAGUAUAUCCUCACGAUGAUCCCCAAGCUGAGCUCCGUACUGCAGAGCACCGUCGUGCGUAGUGUGGUGGGGACGGCGGUCAUGCGGGCAGGCGUGCUCAUGCAGUCGAGUUUGUACACCGCCAUUACAAGCGCCUACCAAGAUGGUGCGCGCGACUUCGGCGUAUGGAAGGACGCCAUCGAGGAGUACGAGAGGCAGUGCGCCAUGGGCGUCCCUCUGUGGCAGCGCCGUCUUGGUGAGCUCCUACCGGGUGUCAGCGGAGCACAGCGCUUCCCACUCAACGCGGCGGUCGCUGUGCAAGAAGCGCGGCAGUGGAUGGAUGCGAAGGAGCAGGCGUACAAGGCGGAGAAGGCAAGCCAACCACAGAUCUUAGCUGGCAUCGAAGGCGCCGGCAAAGCGGUGGCGAAGGGCUUCCAAGCAGUAGGCAAGGGCGUCGCUGCCAGAGCCAGCGCCUUUGGGAAGGGGCCGCAGCAGCAGCAUUAA